AUGUCCGGAAUGGAGGUUGAUGAGGGCCCCAUUAGACCCGUUCGGUUCGAAAUUAAAAAGUGGAAUGCAGUUGCACUUUGGGCAUGGGAUAUCGUGGUUGAUAAUUGCGCUAUUUGCCGUAACCAUAUCAUGGAUUUAUGCAUUGAAUGUCAGGCAAACAAUGCAACUGACGGAACCGAGGAGUGCACAGUUGCUUGGGGUCACUGUAAUCAUGCGUUUCAUUUUCAUUGCAUAUCACGCUGGCUUAAAACGCGACAGGUAUGUCCGCUUGAUAAUAGGGAAUGGGAGUUCCAAAAGUAA